AUGGCUUUCUCUCGUCCAGUAGUCGAUCGUGCGCCAAAAUUGACAGCCGGCCAAUCCUCAAUCCUUGUUUCACCAUUCCCAGCCCACUCGGCAGCGCGGCCCUCACGACAGUCUCAGAAUCUUGCUACUCUUCCUGCAAGCCUUCCUCACGAGAAGUAUCAGCAUCGCCCAAGAUCUCGCUCGCAUGACAAGUCGACACAAUCUGAUCAGUCAGGGCGACCCGGUCCACCCUACAGGCGCAGCUUCACCACACCCGCCAUCUCCAUCAGUCCGCCAGCCGACGAGCACGACGUGAGCAUCGCUCGUCCGCCUGCGACAACGCUUGUUCCUCCUAUCACUUGCUCCACCUUUGGCUCUUCCCUGCCGAUCUCUCAUCACGCUAGUCUAGGUCUAGCCUUUGCCAGAAACAAUCACACAGCCAUCACGCCCGGUACUGGGCAAUCCGUGAGAUCCAUCUCGAGCUACGAGCGACAUGCUUUGCCGGGCGAGACACGUACCUGUUCAUCGCGCUCCUCCCGAGACUGUUCAGGCGCUAGCGAGACGGGUUCCGAAAGCAGUACCUCUUCAUACUCGCUCAGCGACUUCGAGGCAUCCGCAAGCUCAGACUCUGAGCUUUCCAAUGUCACGCUGCUCGAGGCAGACUCGGAUACGCGGUCAGAAUUGUCCUACCUGUCAGAAUCUGACGACUCGAGUCCCGAUCAAUCGCGCAGCUUCGCCGCAUCGCCAGGAGACGCUCGCAAUGCAACCUCUACCGAUCUCGCCGACUUCGCCGUCAAUGAAGUUGCUAAAAUUGUCCUGCCUGCGCAGUGCAUAAGCUUGCCGGUCGAGUACAGACACAAUGCCGGUGCGGCAAAGUGCGCGCCUGUACAAGCUAUUCACAGUCUUGUCGUCAACUUUUGGCUCGGCCUCACGGCAGCCGUGAUGAGCAUAUACCAGACUGUCGAGCUAUGGUGGUCUCGUGUUCACAUCACUCGGACACUCAGAGACUAUAACGGCAAACGAGCGAAUGAGGAUGCCAUCGGAGACAGAGAGCUCGAGUUUCUCAAGGAGUCUCGUACGAGUAUCUCGGUCGAGCAGGACGAGCUAGAUCUUGAGAUGAUUCACGUUCAGCGUUGGACGCCAGACGAUGGCGAAUUUGACUAUCAGAUCUGGACAGCUCAUCGACCUAAAGGACAAAUCGAUUGCGACGUCCUUUACAUAGACGAUCAAGCUUCCGGCAAUGGCUUGCCAGCCUUCGCGCGCGCUUACCUGGUCGCCGGCUUUCGACUCGUCGUCCCCUGUCUGGGAUCGCUCGACACGGCACUGCCCGAAGGCACUCGUCCAGCCUCGAUGAGCAGUAUCUUCUCAGCACAUAAGAGCGCAUGCGGUGGCUACAAAGAGAUCAACGUCACUUCGGCCAGGCUUCUGCUCGGCAAAGUACUGCGCGACCUGCGAUCCCGAGAUGACGAAGAGGGAAAGCUAAAGCCUGAUUCGCUUCUUCCACCAGAUUCGCUUGGUGUCAAUGUCGAUGUGCGGAGAACCUCUCAAAGCGCACGGUCUCCCGUGCAAAUUCGGCAGAAAGAGACGAGACCUGUCUUUCUUGUGGGCGCGAGCAUUGGCGGUCUCGUCGCUCUCUCUUACGCGCUCUCGUCAGUUUCUACUCCGCUCAGACCGUCGCCCAGCUUGCUGCAGCGUCUCGGCUUAGCAAGGAGUCACAUCUCAGCAGAUCAAAUCAACCAGCUUGCCAGAGAUUGUGAUUUGCCACUUGUUGCCGGUCUCGCUCUCAUCAGUGCUACCGUCGAGUCAGCAGCCGCCGACAGCAGUCAACUCCGCGCAAUGCAAGUGCUCGAACGGCAUCUUAAAUUUACUGCGAAUGGCCUCGCAGGCAGUCUGGUACUGCCACCCUCAAAUGAGGUUCGCAGGGCUGCAAAGCAAGUACAGAUGACGAUGAGUAUGCUGCGUGCACCUCUCUUACUUGUCCACGGCACGCAAGACACCAUUACCUCUUGCAUGGCCGCCAACUCGAUUCUCGCUGAAGCGGGCUCAGCCGACAAGAAUCUGAUUCUCAUGCCCGGUCUGCGUCACAUAGCUCAAGCAUCUCUUGACCAACAAGUGAUCAUCUCGAAUGACACCGUUGCAUGGAUCAUCGAGCGCGUAGCGUGGCACCGUCGUCAUCUCAGCGAUCGCCACCAUGUCAGGUUUUCUCAGCAAGGUGUCCAAAUUGGUAGUCCGUCUAUGCCGUCUUUAUCUAUCGAGGAAGCUUUGCCGAGAUCAGAAGAUACACACGGUCGACCGCUGUCGCGAUGUACUGUCUCAUCCUGUAAAGACCAGCAACGCCAUAUCUCACUCGACAUGGACACUCUGGAACCCGCGCGUCCAAGUAUCACCAUCAAAUUCAGCCCCUCAACCAGCCUACCUGUCGUCGAGAAUGGCUAUAUACCGAGCAAGCGCGGAAGUGCAGAAGGGACGGCAGCCGAUGCGGGUAGCGAUGACACGAUUGAUAUUGCUAGGCCACGCACCCUCUCCCUUGUCAGCAUACCCUCGUCGCGCUUUCUGCUUCAGUGGCCAGAGGCCUGCACGCAUACGGCAUAG